AUGACUCAGCUUCUGAGCGGCCACGGAUGCUUCAACGAGUUCCUGUACAAGAUAGAUAGGACUCCCUCACCCAUCUGCGCUCACUGCACAAGCGGGAAGCGGGAUAGCGCGGAUCAUACCCUUCUAGAAUGUAGGGCUUGGUUUUGGCACCGCUAUAACCUGUAUGACUCCCUUUGUUUCGAACUGGGAGAUAUCGACCCUCCAGAUCUCGGUAAGAUUUUGGAAGCGAUGCUCGGUGGACGGCGGCAGUGGUCAGCCAUGCAUCUCUUCGCCAAGAAAGUAAUGCUCGCUAAAGAGCAAGCGAAAAGAGAACGGCAGGGAAUCGGAUAG